AUGGCAACCUGCGGCGAAUACAUACUCAGCCAGUUCCCGACGAUAGACGACGAUCUAUAUCACUACGUGCAAGGUAUUUUGGACAGUUCCAAGGACGACUUCGAGGACGGCGACGAGGUGUACGAGGCGAUUGGGCAGGUGCUGCACGAGGUGGCGGACAAAUCAGAAAACGAGGUUAGGCAAAUAUGCGCGAGGCUCUUGGAAAUAUUGAAAGGUAGCUCGAACGACGACGACGACAUGGAUAAGAGAAGAAACGGCGUUAACAAGGUGUUAAACGCCCCGGUACAUCUGGGCUCGCUGGCUGCUACCUUAGAGGCGCAAGUUGAGCAAAUUAAAAGUAUAUGGGUUACAACCAGAGACGACGUGAUGAAAGUAGACGCCAAGAAGCUGGAAAAGGCCGAGGCCAAGUUGCAGCAGAAACAGGAAAGACGAAUCGUAAAUGAACAGGGCUCGGCUGCCCGUGUCAACACUGCCAAUCAUGUGACUGAAAGCACGGCUAGCGCCAGCCAAAUGACGAGUAAGAAGGACAGUCGGAUGGAGACGAAAGGUGGGGUGAACAAAACCCAGGAUAUCAGAAUAGAAAACUUCGAUGUCGCUUACGGUGAUAGGGUAUUGUUGCACGGUGCUGACUUGACGCUUGCAUUUGGCAGACGAUAUGGUCUGAUAGGUAGAAACGGACUCGGCAAGACCACUUUGCUUCGAAUGAUAUCGAGCAAGCAGCUGAGAAUACCGUCGCACGUGCAAGUGUUGCAUGUCGAGCAGGAGGUAGCCGGCGACGACACGUCCGCGCUCGAGUCCGUUCUGGAAUGCGAUCAAGAACGAAGCGCGUUGCUUAGUCAGGAGGCGAAAUUGCAAGCGGCGAUAGAAAAGGACGGCUCCAAGACGGGUGACGCGUUAGGCGAGGAAUUAGCUAGGGUAUACGAGGCGAUGCAGUUGGCCGAGGUCGACAAAGCUCCCGCUAGGGCGAGCGCGAUUUUGUCGGGACUCGGAUUCUCCGUCGAGAGACAGUCCUGGCCAACGAAAGCGUUCUCCGGCGGUUGGCGAAUGAGGCUUGCUCUCGCGAGGGCAUUGUUCUCCAAGCCGGACCUGUUGCUGCUUGACGAGCCGACGAACAUGCUUGAUAUUAAAGCGAUACUGUGGUUAGAAAAGUAUCUGCAAACGUGGCCGAAAACAUUACUCGUAGUGUCACACGACCGAAAGUUUUUAGAUACGGUACCCACUGACAUCCUGUACUUGCGUGGACAGAAAAUAGAGGCGUAUCGCGGCAAUUACGAGCAAUUCGUAAAAACGAAAGGCGAACGCGAGAGGAACCAGCAACGAGAGUAUGAGGCUCAACAAGCGAAGAGAGCGCACGUACAGGAAUUUAUCGACAAAUUCCGAUACAAUGCAAAUCGCGCGUCUAGUGUACAAAGCAAGAUAAAGAUGUUAGAGAAAUUACCUGACUUAAAGCCAAUAGAAAAGGAGAGCGAAGUGACCCUUAAUUUCCCCCACGUUGAACCUCUAAGUCCGCCGAUAUUACAGCUUAGCGAAGUCUCGUAUAGUUACAAUGGAACCGACAUGGUAUUUAGCAAUGUGAAUCUUACUGCCAGCUUGCAAUCGCGCAUUUGCAUCGUCGGGGAGAACGGUGCGGGUAAAACUACCCUCUUGAAAAUUAUCACGGGCGCAUUGAGCCCGACGCGGGGCACAGUGCAUGUACAUCGAAAUUUAAAGUUUGGAUACUUCAGUCAGCACCACGUUGAUCAACUGGACAUGCGCGUUUGUCCCGUCGAAUUGUUACAAAUGCAUUUUCCCGGUAAACCAAUCGAGGAAUAUAGGCGAAUGCUCGGAAGUUUCGGCAUAAGCGGCAAUCUGGCCUUGCAAACCAUAAAUUCUCUUUCGGGAGGACAGAAGUCCAGAGUAGCGUUUGCCUUAAUGUGUGCCGCAAUGCCGAAUUUCCUAGUGCUCGAUGAGCCCACGAAUCACCUCGACAUCGAAUCAAUCGAAGCAUUGGGUAAAGCUCUCAACAACUGCCAAGCUGGUGUAAUAUUAGUGUCUCACGAUGAACGUUUAAUCCAAAUGGUUUGUACAGAAUUGUGGGUUUGUGGUGAAGGAUCGGUUCGCUGUAUCGAAGAAGGCUUUGACGAAUAUCGCAGGAUCAUUGAAAAGGAACUUGAAUUAUGAAAAGUUAAAUUUUAUCUAAUGUGAUAUCGUCAUCUUACGUUGUCUUAUACCAAGUAACGUAUCAUGAUGAAAGUAGUAUCACCUUUAAUCGAAAUUAUAUCGCGGUUAUUAUUCACCCUUUUCUCGCGACAUUUCAUCGCCAAAGGUAUCUUAUUUAUUUUUUAAAAGCUUUUCCCGAAACAUAGCGAUCAUUAAUUAUAUAUAUGCACGAUUUAUUUAUUAUCUGAAUGUGUUUCCUCUUUUCUCUUUUGAUAAUUACAGAAUGUAAUUCUUGCCCUAAAAAGAAUUUAUUAUCAUAAAUUGUGUAUAUCUUCCUUUAAAACUCAUUGUACUAAAACUGUUUAACUGUAACAGUGCAAUAGAAUUUGGAGAUUUUCACAUUUAAUAUUACUCUAUUAUGAAAAGAAAAUAAUAAAAGAUAUUGUUAGAUAAAAAAA